AGUCAGUCGGGAAAUGUCGCUCCGCCAUGGCGCUGGGUCUCGGAACGACUGUCCCUCCGCACGCCUUGCCGUCGCCCAUGUUCGCUCUGCCGACGCUCAAUUUCACCGUUUCCCAAGUGGCCGCCGUCUGCGAAACCUUGGAGGAGAGCGGGGACAUAGAACGUCUGGCGAGGUUCCUCUGGUCUCUGCCCGUCGCCCACCCGAACAUCAACGAGCUGAACAAAAACGAGGCCGUCCUCCGAGCUAGGGCUAUCGUCUCCUUCCACAGUGGCAACUUCAGGGAAAUGUACACCAUCCUGGAACACCACAAGUUCACCAAGGACUCCCACGGGAAACUGCAGGCCAUGUGGCUCGAGGCACACUACCAGGAGGCCGAGAAGCUCCGAGGCCGACCGCUCGGACCCGUCGACAAAUACAGGGUCAGGAAGAAAUUCCCACUUCCGCGGACCAUCUGGGACGGCGAGCAGAAGACGCAUUGUUUCAAAGAGCGGACGAGGAGCCUCCUUCGGGAGUGGUACCUCCAGGACCCGUACCCAAACCCUACGAAGAAGCGCGAGUUGGCUCAGGCGACCGGCCUCACACCGACCCAGGUCGGCAACUGGUUCAAAAACAGGAGGCAGCGCGACAGGGCAGCAGCAGCCAAAAACAGAUGGAAUGCGAGAAACUACCCAGAAAUAAAUAAAUCACAACGGAUGCAACAGCAGCAGUUAGCGGCGCAAUUGGCAGCAUCUCACGGCGGCCCACUACCACCACGGCCACCAAGCACCAUGUCCACCAGCUCGGAUUCAAGCAUAAGUCUGGGCGCACCUUCGCCUCCCCUUCAGCAGACGUUGCUCCACAGGCCGUUCAGCCCUCACCACACAUCAGUUUCGUGACACCAAGACAGACAGAAGGACUUUAUCAGUGCAAUCACGGUGCCCUUCAACGGACACGUAGCCUAAUUUAUUCCUCUUGUACAUAGUUAAUUUAUACAUACGUAAACUAUGAUAUCCGUAAGGUUUGUGAUACCCUAAGGCCUACUGAAAGGAGCUCUGGUCCCUCAACAUUCCUCCUAUUCGCAGGUGCUGGUCCUCUGCACCUGUCACGAAGGUGUCGCCCCGUCAAAUCCCACUAAAGAUUUUUCAUUCUGGUUUUUUGUGAUGGGUGCGCAACAAAAAUCGGCUUUCACAUUACCUUCAAUACCAAAAAAUUGAUUUCUUAUAUUAAUAAAUAACUGGUUUCGUCAAUUAGAAUAUCGGAAUUAAAAUUACUUUCUAAUGAGUAGUAUCGCCUGUAUAAACACAGUUUAGAAAAUCUUUUACCUUUUAAAAUAUUCUUCUGUCCUUCAUAUAUCAGUGUUUAUUCUUGUAGUUCGUGUUUGCAUACUUUUUGACGUCAAUAGAAUCAUAUUCACCAAUGCUUUAAAUACGUAGUUUUUUUUCUAUUUGUCCUAACAACUUGUCGUAAAAGUUGGUCAAUUUUGAAGGGUUUGACCUUCAUGGUAUCAUUCUAUUAUUCUUUGUGCUGGCUGUGAUUCAAACAAACGUCACAAAACGGGUUUAGAUCUACUUUUCAAAAAUUCUCUCUAUUAAAUUUCUUUCUUGGGAGCUCUAGUCCAUACGUAAUCACUCCCUAUUGUAUCAUAAAAUCAUAGG